CAUAUAAUUCUUCCCUAUCCACCAAAACUUUUGAUUAAAUUCAUAACCAAAAUGUGGGUUCUUAUGGCUAUCAUUUUUGGUAUGAGUAUCAUAACCUGCCUCCAUGCCUUGAAAAAAUCCAAAUAUAAUGCAAAACUUCCAAAAGGUUCAAUGGGUUUCCCCAUUCUUGGUGAAACAAACCACUUCUUUGCUCCCAAUCCAUCAUUCGACGUAUCUCCUUUCAUCAAACACAGAGUUCUCAAGUAUGGACCCAUUUUCAAAACAAGUUUAGUGGGGAAACCAUUGAUUAUCUCAACAGAUCCUGACCUAAACUAUCUCAUAUUCGAACAAGAGGAAACAUUGUUCGAAUGUUGGUAUCCAGAGACCGUCAAAAAGAUAUUUGGAGAUCAAUUCUUCGGAUCCUUGCAUGGCUUCAUGCACAAGUAUCUCAAGAACAUGAUUGUUAACGCUUUUGGAAUUGAAUGUUUGAAAAGUAUGGUUUCUGAAGUUGAAGCUGCAGCAAUUACAAGAUUAAGAAGAUGGGCAUCUUGUAAAGUAGUUGAAUUGGGUAGAAAAAGAGUGAUGAGGAUGCUGGAAAACAUGUUAGAAGAAAGGCAGCAAAAUCCAAGGAAACAAAAUGUUGAUUUUUUUGACUUUGUUCUUCAAGAACUUCAAAAGGAUGGAACACCUCUCACUAAAGAAAUCGCUUUGGAUUUGAUCUUUUUGCUUCUUUUUGCUAGCUAUGAAACCACUUCCAUUGCUUUAACUUUAGCUAUCAAAUUUCUCCUAGAUCAUCCCCACGUCUUGACCCAAUUAACUGAAGAACAUGAGGGAAUUUUGAAGAACAGGAAAGAUAAAGCUUCUGGGAUUACUUGGAAUGAAUACAAAUCCAUGACAUUUACUUUCAAGGUGAAGGAAGAAUUAUUUCCAAAAUUCUUUGGUGUGUAUGUUGCACGUACAGGAAUUACCAUCCCGGCGGGAUGGGGUGUCAUGGUGUGUCCUCCAGCUAUCCAUUUGGAUCCAAAGCAUUAUGUUGACCCACUUGCCUUCAACCCAUGGCGGUGGGAGAGAUGUGAAGGGGCAUCGAGGCAUUUCAUUGCUUUUGGAAGGGGCUUGAGAUUUUGCAUUGGUGCAGACUUUGCCAAAUUGCAGAUGGCUGUGUUUCUCCAUAACUUGGUUACCAAGUACAGGUUCAAAGCAAUUGGAGGAGGUAAUAUUGUUCGAACCCCAGGCGUACAGUUUCCUGAUGGCUUUCACGUUGAGAUCGUGGAGAAAGAGAAGAAGCCCUCCAAAUACUAAACAAAACAAAAGAGUGUCAUGUAAUGCUUCUCAACACAGUUAAAGACUUUCCAAGUGGCAACUAUGUGUUUUAAAUAAUAUAUUUAUGAUUAAACUAUUUCGUA